UUGAGAGGCGUUGCCGCACACCGUCUACUCCUGCGUUAAAUACUAACAACCGCUGUCACAUUUUCAUAGAUUACACAGAUCGCCUCUGUCUGCUGCGCAGUUAUCGUUUGAGUUUAAGAAAUUCCGAAGACCAGAUCCAGCCAUGGCCAAUUACAUUCAUGUCCCCGACGAGGCUCCGGCUGUGCCUAAAAUAGACGUGACAGUUGACGAGACCGACUACAGAUCCGGAGCUCUGAAGCUGAUCAAGGAGCUGAGACCAAACUGGAAGCCAUCUGAGGUCAAAGUGAAGUUUUUCACAGAUGGGAUAACCAAUAAGCUGCUCGGCUGCUAUGUGGGUCCAGUCAUGCAGGAUGUAGUUCUGGUCCGAAUCUAUGGCAACAAAACAGAACUGUUGGUCGACAGAGAGAAUGAGGUGAAAAGUUUUCGAGUACUACAAGCACACCGUUGUGCACCUCGCCUGUACUGUACCUUCAACAAUGGCCUGUGUUAUGAAUUUCUGCAAGGAACUGCCCUAGAGCCAGAGGACAUUCGCAGCCAGUCUGUUUUCAGGCUCAUUGCCAGGCAGCUGGCCAAGUACCAUGUCAUCCAUGCCCACAAUGGCUGGGUGCCUCAGUCCGACCUGUGGUUGAAGAUGGGCAAAUACUUUGCUCUCAUCCCCAAGUACCUGAAGGAGCCUGAGCGGAAUGACAGGUUGUGUAAGGAGGUGCCCAGCCCACGAUGCCUCCGAGAAGAGCUGGUGUGGCUCCAGCAGAGCUUGUCGGUGCUGGGCUCCCCCGUAGUUCUCUGUCACAAUGAUCUGCUUUGCAAAAACAUCAUCUAUAACCAGGAGGCUGGUAAUGUAAAGUUCAUUGACUACGAGUAUGCUGGGUACAAUUACCAAGCCUACGACAUUGGGAACCAUUUUAAUGAGUUUGCUGGCAUUAAUGAGGUGGAUUAUAGUCACUACCCAGAUCGGGCAUUUCAGCUGGAGUGGCUUCGUUCCUACCUGGAAGCCUAUAAGGAGCACAAAGGACAGGGAAGUGAAGUGACUGAUGAAGAGGUGGAGAUCCUUUAUGUCCAAGUCAACCGAUUCGCCUUGGCAUCCCAUUUCUUCUGGGGGCUCUGGGCUCUGAUUCAGGCCAAGUUCUCCACCAUUGACUUUGACUUCUUGGGAUAUGCAGUCCUUCGCUUCACUCAGUACUUCAAGAUGAAACCAGAGGUGGCUGCGCUGAACUUACCAGAAUAAAGCCCCAGUUCCCUCUUUUUUCCUUCAUCUGCUCUUCCUCCCCUCAGCCAGCUCUGUGCCUCCUGUGAUGACUGCACAGCGCCCUCUUGGGGUUGAAUGAAGGAGUCAGACUCAGUCUGUCUCGUUCAGUGCCUCCAGUUUCCUUCUAUCGAUAAAAGGACAGCAAUCUUC